GAGAGGAGAGCUCCCGGGUCCCGAGGAAGAAAAGAGAAAAUGGCGCACUGAUCUCAGGGACGGUGGUGGAGCCACCGUCUCUGACGAUCAGGGACUAGCCGGCGGUAGGCGCUGAGUAUGUCACUGGAUAUCCGGCGGUGUUUCAAAAAACCUGCCGUUUCUUGGAUUAGUCACCAUAGUCGACGCUCCCGUAAGCGCCUCAGGUUUUGGAAAGCGAUAAGCUGUUGCCGCCUGCCCCAGGCGCUCGCCUUUGACAAUUAUAAGUCAUUGUGGGCUUGUGUAGUGCAUGUUCUGAAGUUGCGAUCUCUCAUAUUUUGUUGUUUCCUUUUACUUCUGAAGUAUAUCUUAUAAAGCGACCUUAACUGCGAAAUCGGAGGUGUAGUCUGGUAGGAUUCGCUUUGAUUAGUGAUCAUUUGGAAAGAGAAACUACUGUUGAUUUGUCCAGUGGGUUUAAGUUUCUCUUUCUUGACAUUUUUUCUGCCAUUGCAAUAUUGCUUCCCGCUCAACAUGUUUUCCUAUCAUCUUCUUGAAUUUGCUGGUGAAGAUGAACGUCGCGCACUUUUUCUUAUAUAACAGCUCGUCCUUUUAAAUAGGACCAGAUAUAGAACUAUUUUACAUUCCCUCCCGAAACUUGGAAAUUCAAGAACUUCAAGGGCCCCAUUGUUUACAGUUUCUAGUGGUUAUUUUUACUUCCUUACACUUAAUUCUUAUCCUCUUUUUGCACUGCCCUUGUCUGCAAUGUAUUUUAGGCGACAACAUUUUGCUGUUGGUUUUUUCCCCAAUUUUCUUGUUUCCUUUAUAAGGAAUACGUAUUUACAUUUUGGUGGAAACGGCUGGUUCUUUGAUAUGUUUGGAAUUUUAGUUUGCUUUCAUUGCCAGUUGAAUCUUUUGAAAGAAAUAUAUGAAUCUUUUUUGUGGAAGAUAUGCUGACUGGAGGGUGGUUGUAUUCCAAGGUUUGAUACUUAUUAAGAUUAUUCCAUGUCAUUUUCAAGUGUGAUUUUGCGGAUGAAGCUCUAGAUGGCAGAAUCUAUGCUUUUGGUGGUCUUUGAUUGAGGUUAAGUGAUCAUAAUCCUGGGACAUAUAUGAUGCCCACCUGUUAGAGUUAUCACUUAAACCCAAAUAAUAUUCUGAACACUGGAGGUUAGUGUCUUUGAUGGCGAGAUGAAUAUGGGUGCAACUCUUCAGCUGUGUUGUCUCAUGUGUAUGCUGUAGCAUAUGAACAGUCCCUUGUCACCUAAUGGUGCAAGGGGUUAACAUGGUUUAUGGUAGGCACCAUCCAGCAGUUGUGGCAGAUAUUGUCUUACAUUUCUUGCCAGUCUUUUGGUCUUAGACUAAUGAUGUGGGGAAGCAAUGCUGGGAGGGAUAACUAUGAAGAGAUAGGAUAUGCAUUUCACAGGGUCAGCCCUGUCAGCUUGUGGUGAUCGGCGAGAAAUAUUUGUGUUACAUGGAAUGGACUUAGCACAGUGAGCUACAUGUUGACAAAUUGCUGCUUGUAUCCUUGGUGGUUGGUGAUGGUUUAUGUUCUGAAUUUGGCCUAUCUGUUGUGAGUAAGUUUGUUGCAAUUUUAGCUUUUAACUUGUGACUCUUGAUUUACUUGAGAAAGUUCUUUGACACUCACAAGCAUUGGCUUGGUAUAAUUGGGAUCUUGUCUUGCUGAAGUUUCAUUCUAAGGUUUUCUACUGGAUGUUUGUAGUCAUUUUGCACAAAGUUCAAAAGGAUGUCCUUGGAUUUCCUAUUACGUGAGUCCAUGACCUGCAUGAGAAGCCCAUCUACUAUGGACUAUGGGUAUUGCCUUUUUCUUACUCUGAAGUUAUUUUUCAAGGUUCUACCUAUCCUUCUACCCUGAAUCGAAUUACCCAUCAAAUCAUGAAAAUUAAUGCUUGUCUCUCAAAUCAGCCACUAGCGGAAGUACGUACAGAAAGAACACACACACGCUCACACACAUAUAUCUCAAAUUUAAAUGUGAAAAUGGUUGGCAGUGAGACUCUUUGCUUGUGCUGUCCAAUUGUGCUUAAUAGGAUUUGUAUGACUUGAUGUGAAAUGUGGCUUUGGUUGUUGGGAAAUUUUAGUCUGUUCCUAUCACCAAGUUUAUGAACUUUUAACAUUUUCUGCAGUCUUAUCCCGGUUUUGCUGCUUCUGUUAGCUUUGUUCAAUUUGGCAUUCAUCUUCUUAUGAUUCGGAAGGUACAAUAACAACUAGAACCCUCACAUGCCUUGUGUUAUAACUAGAAUACAAAGCUUAAAGUUGUACUGAGGUUGUCUAUCGAACAAGUUGAUCUGUUAAUGUAGAGUAAUAUGCAGUAUGGGCUUUAUGAAUAUCUUACAAGAAAGAUGAGAGAAUUUUGGAGAAGGAAAAAGGAUCAGGCAUUCGCUAACUUCUAGAUAGAAGUAAGGCAAAUUUAUAUGAAAUAUAGAAGUUCAAAAUAAAAUGAUAGUACAGUCCCUUAACGAUGCAUGCAGUUGUCCAACGACCCUCCUUGUUGCAGCUAAGUCCUUGGGUGCAUUUUACUUAUGAAAUCAUAACCUGCAUGAGACCAUUAACUUGAAAUUAAAAGUUGGCAGAAGCUAGGUAAGAUGAUGUGGAUUAUUGGACUUUUUAGUAUUCUCAUUGAUUAUAUUUUUUAUUUAAUAGCAGCAUUUUGUUGCCGGGGUCACAAAGAAGUUGCUGUUUAUUUAUAUUUCCUAAGUGUGUUUGGAUGGACAACAGAGUACUAUGGUUUUUAGGAUUCCAUAUUAAUUAGUGCUAUAACUGUUUUUUUUCAAUUAGGAUUGUGUCCUUGUUCCUUCACAUUACGAACCAAACACAAAAGUAAAAGGAAAUUAUUUUAAUAAAAGCAAGUGACUUUCUAUACAUAAAACGUGCCUGAGUUAGCUAUAGGGAGGGUGCAUUAUGAAGGGACAAUAAUGUCUUCUUGUUCGGAUUUUGCUUUGGGGAACAAGAUUUUCACACCUGUAUUUCUAAGUCUGAACGAAGAUUCUUGUUUUCCUUACCAAAAUCUCCCCCCCCCCCUCUCUACAUAAUUCCUCCAUUCCUUCAAUUAAUAGAGUUAGGGUUUCCGGUUUACCUGAGAUUGAAUUGGACUUCCUCCCUCGGUCCUUAAUUAGAUGAUGAACUUGCCUUAGGAAACUUAACAAGCUGUCGUUAAGUCCAAAGAUUCAAGUUCUCCCUUGCCCAUAGCCGUUUGUCCUUUACCCCUUGCAUGAUUCACCAAUUUGAGGUUACUUUUGUGCCAUUUCUCCCUUUUGAAGCCGAUUUGCCAGGUCCUAAGCAAGUCAACUUUAAGAUCACGUCCAGACUGGGCAGAUGCUAAUCUUGUCUUUUGGCACUCACUGGUAUGAUGAUUAUUAAUGGCUGCUAAAUACUAGGCCUCUCACUCUCUGUUGCGCUAGGUAUGAUCUCUGAGCACAUAGAUUUUUCAUUCAACCACUUUCUUUUUUCUGCUCUAUGAGAAGGAAUGAAUCUAAUUAUCAAUUUCCUUAUUAUUCCCUUGCUGAUUUAAGUUUGAAUCCUGGUCUUAUUAGGGAGGAAAACUGUGAUUGGAGUUCUUCAAACCUUCGGAAAGUUUAAUAUUUUUAUUGGUUUACUUCUUAAGUUAGUUGGAAUAAUUUGAUUAGUAGAAUCUUACGCGGUAAUGGAUUCUCAUCAACCAAGUGGCUCCCCUGUUAACAAUGUGAUAGAGUUUCAAUCUGGAAACUCUGGAAUUAGUUUCAAUGAGGAUAUGGUUCUCGGAUCCAGUGAUCAAGCUGUUUGGGCCAGCGAGGAUGGUAUUUCGAACAAAGAAGCUUCUGUUAACAUGAAUUCAAAGGCAAAUCACGAGGAGAGUCUAUCCCAAUUUGAAGUGGGAAGUGAGUUGGCACACAAAAGGCCCACGGUUAACGGAUCCAGUGAUCAAGCUGUUUGGGUGAGCGAGGAUGAUAUCUCAAACAAAGAAGCUUCUGUUAACAUGAAUCCAAAGGCAAAUCACGAGGAGAGGUUGUCCCAAUUUGAAGUGGAAAGUGAGUUGACACACAAAAGGGCUAGAAACUCCCCUUUGGUGGAUUUGGCAGCUUCCAAUUCCUCGAGGGCCUUCGGGGUGCUGUUCCACAAAACAAAACUAUGUUGCAGAUUUCAAGUUGGCACUUGUUCCUUUAACGAAAAAUGUAACUUUGCACAUAGUAUUGAGGAACUUAGGCAACCACCCCUUAAUUGGCAGAAAGGUGUGGCUGCACGCAAGGAAGAACAAGGUUCACCAUUAGUGCCAAGGGAGGUAACUCAGAUACUACUUGUGGGAUCUAAUGAUGAGACACAGGGAUGUACGAGCGAGCAGUGCAUGAAGCUUUGCAGUGAGGAAGGUUGCCCAUAUGGUGAGAAUUGCAAUUUGAUUCAUUAUGAGGAUUCAAAAAAUCGAGAACAUUUGGCAAUAUGUUUGCUUCCUGGGACUGAUGGUAGAUAUCGGGGAAAUCGGAGUAAAUCAACCUUGAACGCUGCGAACUGGAAAACAAGGUUAUGUAACAAGUGGGAGAGUGCAGGAUAUUGUCCAUUUCGCAGCAGGUGUCAUUUUGCUCAUGGGCCUGCAGAGCUGCGUCGUUAUGGUGGAGGGCUUCCUAUCCCAGAAGCUAAAGAUUCUUCCGCUUAUGGUAGCAAGGGAGGGGCAGUGCCCACUAAAGCUUCUGCUGGUGCUAUGAAUGCACCCACUUCUUCUGUUCCUCAUCCAUAUCGUGUCGGUGCUCCAUCACGAAGGUUGUCUAUCAUGAUGAAGAGGCCUGGAGAGACACCUACUCGGAGAUGGAAGGGCCCAGAAAGCAUCAGCAAAGUCUAUGGCGACUGGAUUGAUGACCUUGAGUAGGCUUUCCAACCUCACAUGUUAUUGGAAGUGACUGUUCUAUCAAAAAUAUAGAUGUUUCGUAUUGAACUGCUGACAUUUGGCUUGCUAUGCUUCAAUGUUGUGUUAGAAUGUUUCCCUUUUGAAUGAUGGCUUUGUAUCUUAACCAUCAUGACUUAUGUUUUCGAAUCAGAAUGUUGGGCUGUAAAAUAUCAAACCCAUUGUCUGCA